UCACGCAUGUGCGCGCAUGGUUUGUGUACGCGCAGCGCGCGCUCCGGUGACAUCAAUCGCUCAGUGAUGGAUCAGAUCAGCGCUGCUGGAGUCGCUUAUAAUCAAGAUUUAACACACAAGACCAUCUUGGUGGGAGACAGCGGUGUGGGGAAAACAUCUCUGCUGGUUCAGUUUGAUCAGGGAAAAUUCAUUCCUGGAUCUUUUUCUGCCACAGUGGGAAUCGGAUUUACGAAUAAAGUUCUUACGGUGGAUGAGCUGAAGGUGAGAUUACAGAUCUGGGACACAGCAGGACAGGAGAGAUUUCGCAGCGUCACACACGCAUAUUACAGAGACGCUCAAGCGCUGCUCUUGCUGUAUGAUGUCACCAGCAGAUCAUCCUUCGAUAACACACGGGCGUGGCUAACAGAUAUCCAUGAGUAUGCUCAGGAUGAUGUGGUCAUCAUGUUGCUUGGCAACAAGACGGACAUGUCCAGUGCAAGAGUGAUCAGACGAGAAGACGGAGAGAAACUGGCCAGAGAGUUUGGGGUCAUUUUCCUGGAGACCAGCGCUAAAACCGGACUCAAUGUGGAUCAGGCCUUUAUAACUGUAGCCAGGGAGCUGGUGAGAUGCUCGGUACAGAUGCCCAUCCGACCCAGAUUUCACCUGCACGAGCUGUUGGAGCCGGAGGAGAGAGAGACGUCAGGCUGCUGUGGAUUCAACUAAACCCACCUACAGAGAGACACACACACACACUCAAAGUUCAACAUUCAUGAUCUCACCCUAAAAGCAUGCCAAAUGCACAGACACACAACCAGCAGAUGCACACCGAUGAAUCAUUCAUAUUAAAGCUCAAACUCAAAUUGAUUGAUUUUAUAUACGUAUAUACUGUAUAUCGCUCGCUGGAGUUAGUGAUUGACAGAAACACAAACCUCAGUUUACCUCCAUUACUGUUCAUUAUGUCAUUCAUCUUCAUAGUUCACGCAUGAAGUGCACAUGAUUAAAUCAUAAUAUGAGCUGUCUUUAAGUGACCGUGCAGACAAAUCCAUCUUUUAUUUGGUUUUCUUUCAAAUAAAUGACAUGAUGACACAGGAAAUCCCGACGUACCCCCAAAUAAUGUCUGGAAUACACUACAAGACUUUUAAAAUCGGAACAGAUUUUUUUAAAACUAGACAUCACACACUUGCAGACUUUUUGAAAGGUUCAGAUAGAAACACACUAUCUGAUCAAAUCUGCAGACUUCAACUGAUCAAAUCUGUAUUUUAGCCUUAAAGGGGAACGCCGGCCAAAAAAUCUAUGGAGGAGUCAGAAAGCUUACAAUACUUCCUUAAUUUGCGUUCUGGGGAAAACGGAGGUCCUAGGGAUGUUAAACUACGCGAGGGUGAGUAAUUAAUGGCCGGAGUUACCCUUUAAACUAUCACCUGUACCCGGAUGGGUAACUGGGUUUGAUGGUGCACUUCAUUCGUUUGACCACCAGGUGGCAGCUUCUGCUGUGAAGCAUCAUUGCUUUAUUUCACCAUGACCAUGAUGUUUACAGCUGCAUGUUUAAAAUCCUGUAAUCCCGUGAAGAUCAUCUCUUGUGCAGCUCGCUUUAUGCGUCACAUGCACUUUCUAAAUAUAUGUGGCUGUUACAGUUUAUAAAACAAAUGACACACGUAUGUGGACACUGGACAGGGCAAGUUUCCAAUGAAGUCACAUGAUCAGCGACUAGUCCAUGCAGAUGAUACCUGUCAGUCAUCAUGAAGAUGCAGAAAUGAUUGAUGUCUCUCAAACACACUUUUAGCAUUGAUCAUGAGGGAUUUUUGUCUGACAUGAUCACUGCGCUGUUCUCAGAUCAGGCUGAACUCUUGACGAUAUGCUGCAGAAUUUUUAAAGCGUUUGAAUUUGUAUGUGCUGCGUUUGAAUCUCAGGAUCUUUACACACCAACAGAAGCUCAUCUGAGGAAAUAUGCACUUUUCAGCUAUUAAUUAAUUUUCAGCAGUUUUCAGCAGAUUAAUGACUCAAUCAGGUGAUGAUUAAGAUUGAAUUACUGCUUGCAUUUGAAUGAUUCAUAUUAGUAAAUGUUCUUCUACGUAUUUAUGGAAAUGCAUAUUGAGAGAUUGUUUGUGAUUGUGUGUUUUUCUAUGAUAUUAACAGUAUAUUAGCUUUUAUUAUGAUGACAGUAUUUUGUAUCAAUCUGUGUUUUCCCCUGAAAUCAAAGUGUGUGUUCUCUAGAAAUGAAAACACCUCGCACAGUGUUGUUUACCGUGUACAGGACUGACUGUAAAAUGCUUGGAAAGUUAUAAAUAAACUGCUGU